AUGAACCAGGUUGGAAUGGCCCAAGCCCAGGAAGAGCAACGAACUGAGGAGCGUCGACGGCAUUCGCAAGCCGCACUGAUGCAUGACCACCGCCAAAUAGACCAUCGAGCGCAGUACUGGAUCCCCGAUUACGAGGAGCAGAUUCCGUUGGCCGCGCUAUUUGCUGACGGCCAUGCUCAGUCUGGAGAUGCCAGUCUCAAUCUAGACACACCAAGUCUCCGACCCGAAAAUUGA